CACCCGCUUGGGGCCCUUUGUGCGCAUGCGCGCUCGCGCUCCCGCCCUCUAGCUGCGCUGGGCUGAGUCAGUCAGUCUGUCGGAGUCUGUCCUCGGAGCAGGCGGAGUAAAGGGACUUGAGCGAGCCAGUUGCCGGAUUAUUCUAUUUCCCCUCCCUCUCUCCCGCCCCGUAUCUCUUUUCACCCUUCUCCCACCCUCGCUCGCGUAGCCAUGGCGGAGCCGUCGGCGGCCACUCAGUCCCAUUCCAUCUCCUCGUCGUCCUUCGGAGCCGAGCCGUCCGCGCCCGGCGGCGGCGGGAGCCCAGGAGCCUGCCCCGCCCUGGGGACGAAGAGCUGCAGCUCCUCCUGUGCGGAUUCCUUUGUUUCUUCCUCUUCCUCUCAGCCUGUAUCUCUAUUUUCGACCUCACAAGAGGGAUUGAGCUCUCUUUGCUCUGAUGAGCCAUCUUCAGAAAUUAUGAUUUCUUCCUUUCUUUCAUCUUCUGAAAUACAUAACACUGGCCUUACAAUACUACAUGGAGAAAAAAGCAAUGUGUUAGGGAGCCAGCCUAUUUUAGCCAAAGAAGGAAAAGACCACUUGGAUCUUCUAGAUAUGAAAAAGUUGGAAAAGCCUCAGGGGACCAGCAACAACGUAUCAGACUCUCCAGUUUCUCUUGCAGCAGGAGUUCAUUGUGACCGUCCUUCUAUUCCAGCCAGUUUCCCAGAGCAUCCUGCUUUUCUCUCAAAGAAAAUUGGUCAAGUGGAAGAGCAAAUAGAUAAAGAUACCAAGAAUCCAAAUGGGGUAUCAAGUAGGGAGGCUAAAACUGCAUUGGAUGCUGAUGACAGAUUCACUUUGCUAACAGCCCAGAAACCACCUACUGAGUACUCUAAGGUAGAAGGCAUUUAUACAUAUUCUUUGUCUCCAUCCAAAGUUUCAGGAGAUGAUGUUAUUGAAAAGGAUUCCCCUGAAUCACCAUUUGAAGUAAUUAUUGACAAAGCAGCAUUUGACAAAGAAUUUAAAGACUCAUAUAAGGAGAGCACAGAUGAUUUUGGUAGCUGGUCUGUGCACACUGAUAAAGAAUCAUCCGAAGACAUUUCAGAGACUAAUGACAAGCUUUUUCCACUGAGAAAUAAAGAGGCAGGACGUUACCCAAUGUCUGCAUUGCUCAGUAGGCAGUUUUCACACACAAAUGCAGCACUGGAAGAGGUGUCCAGAUGCGUGAAUGAUAUGCAUAACUUUACUAACGAAAUACUGACUUGGGAUCUGGUUCCCCAAGUGAAACAACAGACCGAUAAAUCUUCUGACUGCAUCACAAAAACUAUAGGACUUGACAUGAGUGAAUAUAAUUCAGAAAUUCCAGUUGUAAAUCUUAAAACUAGCACUCAUCAGAAAACUCCUGUAUGUUCUAUUGAUGGGAGCACUCCCAUCACUAAAUCAACAGGUGAUUGGGCAGAAGCAUCUCUCCAGCAAGAAAAUGCUAUCACUGGAAAACCUGUACCCGACUCUUUGAAUUCCACAAAAGAAUUCAGUAUCAAAGGUGUGCAAGGCAAUAUGCAGAAACAGGAUGACACACUUGCAGAAUUACCUGGAUCUCCACCUGAGAAAUGUGACUCUUUGGGUUCUGGAGUGGCCACAGUGAAAGUGGUUUUACCUGAUGACCACCUGAAAGAUGAAAUGAACUGGCAGAGCCCUGCAUUGGGAGAAAUCACAGAAGCUGAUAGUUCUGGUGAGUCUGAUGACACAGUAAUAGAGGACAUCACAGCAGAUACAUCUUUUGAAAAUAACAAAAUUCAGGCUGAAAAACCUGUUUCCAUUCCAAGUGCUGUUGUAAAAACAGGUGAAAGAGAAAUCAAAGAGAUUCCCAGUUGUGAGAGAGAAGAAAAAACAUCUAAAAACUUUGAAGAAUUGGUCAGUGACUCUGAGCUGCAUCAAGAUCAGCCUGAUAUUCUUGGAAGGAGUCCAGCUAGUGAGGCAGCAUGUUCAAAAGUACCCGAUACGAAUGUCUCCUUAGAAGAUGUGAGUGAAGUUGCUCCUGAAAAGCCUAUUACUACUGAGAACCCCAAACUUCCUUCAACAGUGUCUCCAAAUGUUUUUAAUGAGACAGAAUUCUCAUUAAAUGUGACAACAUCUGCCUAUUUGGAGUCAUUACAUGGGAAAAAUGUUAAACAUAUAGAUGAUUCCUCCCCAGAGGACCUGAUAGCAGCCUUUACAGAAACCAGAGAUAAAGGAAUAGUAGAUAGUGCAGGAAAUGCUUUUAAAGCAAUAUCAGAGAAGAUGACAGACUUUAAAACAACUCCUCCUGUAGAAGUCUUACAUGAAAAUGAGUCCGGUGGUUCUGAAAUUAAAGACAUUGGAAGCAAAUACAGUGAACAAAGCAAAGAAACAAAUGGAAGUGAGCCUCUAGGUGUUUUCCCUACCCAAGGUACUCCAGUAGCAUCUCUUGACUUAGAACAAGAACAGCUCACAAUUAAGGCUCUUAAAGAAUUAGGUGAAAGACAGGUUGAGAAGUCAACUUCUGCACAGCGUGACGCAGAAUUGCCUUCUGAAGAAGUACUGAAGCAAACUUUCACAUUUGCUCCAGAAUCUUGGCCACAGAGAUCAUAUGACAUCCUAGAACGUAAUGUCAAGAAUGGAUCUGAUCUUGGGAUUUCCCAGAAGCCCAUCACUAUCAGAGAAACUACUAGGGUAGAUGCUGUUUCCAGCCUUAGCAAGACUGAAUUGGUAAAAAAGCAUGUCCUAGCAAGACUUCUGACAGACUUCUCAGAGUCCAGUCUAGGAUCACACUUUGUGCCUCAUCCUGUCUCCUUACUCUCCUUUAAUCUGAGAAUUAAGAUUAAAAGAAGUAAGUUCCUCAGCCUUUCUCUUUCACACCACUGACAUUUUUGAAGACUAUAGGCCAGUUGUUUUGUAGAAUAUUUCUCAAUCUGGGUUGGUCUGGUGUUUUCUGAUUAGAUGCAGGUUACAUGUUUUGGGCGGGAAUACCAUAGAAGUGAUGUUGUGUCUUUCUCAGUGCAUGCACUAUGUCUGGAGGCAUAUGGUAUCUGUUUGUUCUACUACUGAUGACGUCAGCCCUCUAAGCCUUCUGUGUUGAAACUGUUCCUUGUAGUUAUAUGAACUCUAACAUGUAUAUACUUGAACUCUGACUAUAGGAAUUCUCCUACUUACAGGAAUUCACUCUUAAAUAGGCAGUAUUCUAUUAAGUUCUUCUGUUCAAUCUCUUAGUUCAUCAAGUGAGCCUGAGUUGCCUCCCAGUUCUUUCUCUCCUUUGCAGCAUCACUAUCUGGGACUCUCGGGUUCCCAUCAGGAGUCAUAAUACCUUCUCUUUCUCCUAGUAAGUUGCAUCCCUUAGCCAGACUCUUUGAACCAGUGAUUACUUCUUAUAUACAAUCAGCAUAUUUUUAGUGUUUUAUUGAAUCAAGUUAAGGUUCUUUGGCUCUAGGAAGGUUAGUCUUCAAAGAAAUGGUUUCAGAAGAGAGCUGUAUAGCUGAAUGUGGGGAAGAACUAGGUACCCUCAAGACAACUUGAAUCACACCCAGUUCAUUUUAUCGCAAAUAAGUCUUUUCCACUAACCUUAUUUGAAUUACUGCAUGUCAUUUACACUGUCUUAGCCUUCUUUAUUCCUUAAACUCUAGGAGGUAGAUUUCAUUUUCUUCAUUUUUCAGAUGUGAGGAAAUGGAGGCUUGGAAAGGUUAAAGUAAUAUAGUGAGAAAUUACCAGGACUUAAACUCAUGUCUCUCCAACUCCAAAGCCCUUGCUCUUUUUUGAGAGCAGAGAGUGGCUGGGAGGAAAGUCCUCUAGCUACUCAUGGUGAAAUUAGCCUUCGUAGACAGAAAUACAAAAGGUAAUGGCAGCCACGUGCAGAGGCUUAUGCCUGUAAUCCCAACACUUUGGGAUGCCGAGGCGGGCAGAUCACUAGAGGUCAGGAGUUCGAGACCAGCCUGGCCAAUAUGGUGAAACCCUGACUGUGUCUCAAAAAAAAAAUAAAAGUAAUGUCACUGCUAGAUUGGAGGUGAUUGCCGGCACCUGCCACUCAGAGAGUGGGAGGUGUCUUUAAACCAGGACCAUCCUGGGCAACUAGAUCUUACAGUUGGGGACUUCCAAACUGGGAAAAUCAAAAUACUUCUACUUAAACUCAUUUCCUAACAUAAUUAUUAAUAGUGCCCCACUCACUUUUUUUUUUUUUUUAAACAGUCUCAUUCUGUCACCCAGGCUGGAGUGCAGUGGCACGAUGUUGGCUCACUGCAACCUCCGCCUCCCAGGUUCAAGUGAUUUCUCGUGCCUCAGCCUCCCGAGUAGCUGAGAUUACAAGUGUGCACCACCAUGCCCAGGUAUUUUUUGUAUUUUUAGUAGAGACAGGGGUCUCACCAUGUUGGCCAGUCUGGUCUUGAGCUCCUGGCCUCAAGUGAUCCGCCUGCCUCGGACUCCCAAAGUGCAGAGAUUACAGGCGUGAGCCCCUGCACCCUGCCAGCCCCACUCACUUUUUUUUUUUUUUUUUGAGACGGAGUUUCGCUCUGUCACCCAGGCUGGAAUGCAAUGGCGCGAUCUCGGCUCACUGCAGCCUCCGCUUCCCGGGUUCAAGCGAUUCUCCUACCUCAGCCUCCUGAGUAGCUGGGACUACAGGCACAUACCACCAUGCCCAGCUAAUUUUUAUAUUUUAGUAGAGACUGGCUUUUCACCAUGUUGGCCAGGUUGGUCUCGAACUCAUGACCUCAGGUGAUCCGCCCGCCUUGGUCUCCCAAAGUGCUAGGAUUACAGGCGUGAGCCACCAUGCCCGGCCCCCACUCACUUUUUUUAAGAGUACUGCAGCUUGGCCAGGCAUGGUGGCUCAUGCCUGUAAUCACAGCACUGUGGGAGGCCACAGCAGGAAGAUUGCUUGAAGCCAGGAGUUCGAGACUAACCUGGCAGCAUAUUGAGACCCUGUCUCUACAAAAAAGAAAAAAGUACCUGGACAUGGUGGCACAUACCUGUAGUCCUAGCUACUCAGAGGCUGAGGUAGGAGGUUUGCUUGAACCCAGGAGUUAAAGGCUGCAGUGAGUAAUGAUAGUGCCACUGCUCUCCAGCCCAGGUGACAGAGUGAGACGCUGUCUCAAAAAAGGGAGGAGGUGGUAUUGUGGCUUGGAUAAUUAUAUGGUCCCCUAUACAUAAUCCUUCCUGAAUUCUUUUCAGAUUAACAUCGAGACUGGUGUUUCUUUAUAACUAGCACUAAUAGUGCUUGGUCUAUUUUUAUUUACCACUUUCUUUGCCCCUGCCCCAAUUUAUACACUGGGGCAAAAUUAGCUUUGGUUUUAUAGUCUGUUCACCUAACUAAUUUAUAGGCCUGGUUUGCAUAAUUUAGUUAACAGCAAGAUUUUGCCACACCUGCUUUAUCAUCCUUUCUGCCAAAAUAUUUAAGAUAAAUGGCACUUUACCCCGGUGUAUUUCCAUAGCUGAAAUAAGCUCUUAAAUUUUUAUAAUCCUAUCCUGAAACCUAAUCAGUGUAGCAGAAGAACGUUUUGCCUCGUGAGUUAUCACCCCUGACAUAAUUUGAUUUUCAUUUAUGAGAUUCUCUUAGAACCAGGUACAGUGGCACACACCUGUAGUCCAGCUACUCAGGAAGUGAAGGCAGGAGGAUCACUUGAGCCAAGAGUUCCAGGCCAGCCUGGGCAACAUAGUGAGACCCCAUCUCUUUAAAAAAACAAAACCAGAUUAUCUUAAAGUGGGGCAUACCUGUAUUUGUGUGCUAAUGUGAGGCUCCACAGGUAUGCAAGACAUAGUAGCUGUGGAUGUUUCUUAUAACUUAUAUUCCCUU